AUGGCCGUGUGGUCAGUGAGCAUUAUUUUCGUAACAUUAUUGUGCUGCAUUGUGACAAUAAAUGCCGCGCCACAACAACGUCCAAAUGAAAUAACAAUUGUCAAACAAGAGGAGAACAAUAAUAUUGGCGUUGACGGCUAUCACUACAGUUACGAGCAGAGUGACGGGCAAAAAAAAGAGGAGACCGGCGAAUUACAAAAUCAGGGCACAGAGAAUGAAAUAAUUGUCGUACGCGGCUCAUUCAGUUUCAUUGGGGCCGAUGGAAAAACAUACAAAGUUGAAUACACCGCCGAUGCCGAUGGUUUUCAUCCCGUUGUUUCCGUCGCCUGA